UUUGAAGUCUUUGGUUGCCUGGUCACUCUCAGGAUACAAUUCCAUCAUGAUCAGUGAUGAAAACCCUGGCUCCCUUUCACUGGUAUGUGAAUUUAUGCCCAUGAAUAUUUAUGAGCUGAUGAAAGGAAGGAGAAAGCCAUUGCCUGGGAAAAAAAAAUCGGGAACAACAUGUACCAGGGUCUUCCCUAGGCAGAAACAGAAUUGUCUGGGGCAGCAGCUGACUGCUGCAGAGGGAGAAGAGGCCGUGGCCCAGACACAGCUUUGCCUGCAGCAGAGCCCUGGGAGGCAGCAGGCAGCCAGAGCUGCUGCCAGCACCCAAAGGAGCUCUAGUACUGCUGCAGGAAGUCCUCCUGGGAGGGGAUGGCCCUUGCAAUCCUCUGGUAGCUCUGGUGAGAGCAGAAGCAGAAAGCCUGGUCUCUCCUUCCUGGACUUUCCCAUUCCCCAUUUCCAUAUCUGUAGCUGUAGUCUCACCAUGAUGUCUGAGAAACAGAAGGCAAUUCAGUCUUCACUGAAACAUUUCCAUUUGCCUGCUAUAGAAGGAACAGAAGUGAGGAAAAGCCUGGCUAUGCAGUGA